CUAACCGGUAAGAGGAUAACGGUGGCUGCUGCUACAUCGAGCUGCUGCUGAUGAUGCUGAUGCUGCUGCUGAAGCAUCUGCAGCGCUGUUUGGCUGCUUUUUGUUUCAUUCCAGAUGUCAGACACUGAAGAUUGUCAUCAUCAACACCAGCGUCGAGGAUGUGUGUGAGUAUUUCGAUGCGACUUCAGAGCGGAUGGAUUCAAUGCAAGGAAUAAUCCUACCGAGGAACAACAUGACAGGCAUCCUGCUCCCCUGACGAUUCUUUCUGGGAUGCAGUCAUAGUUUGAGGCCGGACAUGAUUUUAAUCUCAGGAGUUACUGUAGUGGAUGCGGGAUGGUGUGCGCCGCACCCCGAGAAGAAAUAUUGAUAAGGAGAACUCAGAUCUGUCCUUUGAUGCCUCUCAUCCGAUCCGGAUUUUUCCUGGACUGUGGCGCACAGUGAGCAUCUCUUGCUUUUUUUUCUGUGGGACUGUUUGGGGACCUUCUGAUGUGGAGGGAUUGUGCUGUUUUGUCUGAAGGGAUCAUCUGAGCACUGUUGCUCUCACCCCGAGAGGAGAACCAGGGCUGAGCUGCUCACCUGGUCGUUUCAACACACAAUACUAACCUUUCAGCAUGGCUGAGAGGACACUGGAUCCGGGCUCGGUCAGCAUCCCCAUGGAGGAGACCAAACUCCACAGCGGAGCACCCCCAGAGGCGCCACUCCUCACCCACUUGAAGAAGGUGGAGAACCACAUCACUGAGGCUCAGCGCUUCUCCCACCUCCCACGUCGCUCCGCUGUGGACCUGGAGUUCAAUGAGCUGUCGUACACCAUCCGCGAGGGUCCCUGGUGGAGGAGGAGAGGUUACAAAGCCCUCCUCAAGUGUCUGUCAGGAAGAUUCAAUAGCAGAGAGCUGAUUGGCAUCAUGGGGCCAUCUGGAGCCGGGAAAUCCACUCUGAUGAAUAUUCUGGCGGGGUACAGGGAGACGGGCAUGAAGGGCCAGAUCAUGGUGAACGGUCGACCGAGGGACCUGAGGACCUUCAGGAAGAUGUCCUGCUACAUCAUGCAGGAUGACAUGCUGUUGCCACAUCUCACUGCGAGGGAGGCCAUGAUGGUUUCUGCCAAUCUGAAACUGAAUGAGAGCAUGCAGGUCAAAACAGAGCUUGUGGAUGAGAUCCUGACUGCUCUGGGUCUUCAGGAGUGUGCUCAAACACGCACCAACUCUCUCUCUGGGGGCCAGUGUAAAAGACUGGCCAUUGCCCUCGAGCUGGUCAACAACCCUCCUGUCAUGUUCUUUGAUGAGCCCACCAGUGGUCUGGACAGCGCUUCCUGCUUCCAGGUGGUUUCCCUCAUGAAGUCUUUGGCCCAGGGAGGACGGACAAUCAUAUGCACCAUUCAUCAGCCCAGUGCCAAGCUCUUUGAGAUGUUUGAUAAGCUGUACAUCCUCAGUCAGGGUCAGUGUAUAUACAAGGGCACAGUCCCUUACCUCAUCCCUUAUCUGAAGAACCUGGGCCUCCACUGCCCAACGUAUCACAAUCCUGCUGACUUCAUCAUUGAGGUGGCAUCAGGGGAGUAUGGGGAUCUGAAUCCAGUGCUGUUUGAGGCGGUCCAGGGUGGACUGUGCUCUGAGGAGGGCAAGAAGAACUCCAGAGAUAAAAGUGACUCUUCCUGUCCCUCUCAAUGUCACAGUGACACAGGAACCCUUGAGAAACACAGCUUUGCCACCAGUACAUUCACACAGUUCUGCAUCCUCUUUAAAAGAACCUUCGUCACGAUAUGCAGGGACAUGGUGCUGACCCACCUCAGGGUGAUGUCCCAUAUUUGCAUUGGAGUGCUGAUUGGCCUGCUUUAUCUCAAAAUUGGAAAUGAUGCCAGCAAGGUUUUCAACAACACUGGCUUCCUCUUUUUCUCCAUGUUGUUCCUCAUGUUUGCCGCCCUGAUGCCCACCGUCCUAACCUUUCCUCUGGAGAUGUCCGUGUUUAUAAGGGAACAUCUCAACUACUGGUACAGCCUGAAGGCCUAUUACUUGGCCAAAACCAUGGCUGAUAUACCAUUCCAGGUGCUUUGUCCAAUCAUGUACUGUAGUAUAGUGUACUGGAUGACUGAGCAGCCUCCAGAAGCGGGUCGCUACCUGCUCUUUAUGGCCUUGUCCACAUCCACAGCCCUGGUGGCCCAGUCCCUAGGUCUGCUCAUAGGGGCUGCAUCCACGUCUCUGCAGGUGGCAACCUUUGUGGGUCCAGUCACAGCCAUACCUGUGCUCCUCUUCUCUGGCUUCUUCGUCAAUUUUGACACCAUUCCCAAAUACCUACAGUGGAGCUCUUAUGUUUCCUACGUCAGGUACGGCUUUGAGGGGGUGAUUCUCUCUAUCUAUGGGAUGAACCGGUCGGAGCUGGAGUGUCCGGACCUGUCGUGUAAGUUCCAGAAGCCAGAGGAGGUCCUGCAGCUGUUGGAUGUGGAGAAUGCAAAGCUCUACGUGGACUUCAUGGUGCUGGGGGUGUUCUUCCUGAUCCUCAGACUGGCUACGUACCUGGUUCUGCGCUACAAAGUCAAGUCAGAGCGUUAAGACAUCCAGAGGCUGAUGGAUUUGGAUGCUUGCACAUAUCCCAGCAGUGUGAGAUAGUAAGCAAACAUAUAGUCUCUCUUUCUCUGUCUCUUCUUUACAUACAUGUACAAAGGCAUUAACUACGAGUGUGCUGCACCACCAAACUGUACAGUAUAAUGUUAUCUUUUGGGCUUUGUUUUUCAAGAAAAAGGAGAAAGUGUUGUUCUACCCUCUGCCCAUUUUUAGUUCUCCUUCAGGUCAUAGUAUUUUUCACAUCACCAUUACCUGUCAGAGAUAUUGUGUAUCAGCACUAUACAUAAACAAAAUACCCAACAAAGUAACAGAACGCAUGUGUCUUUAAACUGAGAAAUUUGGAUUUGUUCUUAUUUGGCUGCCACAUGAAACAUGAGUGAUGGGGAGCCAUAAUAACCAUCUCGGUGCAGAAGUGUCCAAUAAUUUGUAGCUUCUCAAUACAAUACCUAAAAAGAUAAUCCAAGCCACAUCAGAAGUCCGUUCAUUGGAUGUACCAGGAACAUGACUUCAAGAUGGAAGCCCUCUUAUUGCCAUCGGGAAAUGUCGAAACUUUCAGUGCAGGAAAACGUUUGUGCGACCUCUCGCUGUCCUGUAGGAUCAUCUCAUCAGGUGUCUUUUACCAAGACGCUGAACACGAUGACUUUUCUUUACGGAAUACGCCCAUGACAAACCGACUGCCAGUGGAUGGCUCUCCUCGCUUUCCAUCUCCAGUGUGAAUCCCUUUCGCAGGACCUUCUGCCCAUCGAUGGUGGUAGAACGUUUAGACGUGGAUGAAAUGUUUGUGAAAAUGUCCAGCAGUGUGUCUUAUACAAAGACUGAUAUAGACUCACCCUGCGACCGGCCCUAUGAUUCCUUACUUGCUCCUUAUCUUAAUAUAUCAUGUUUGUUUCUGCCAUAACUGAGGAAGCAUUCAGUGAACUGGGAGCAUUAUGCGAAAGCAAGCAUGACUGCUGUCUCCUUCCUGAUGCAGAACGCUGCCACACGGACACAAAGGUGUUUUCAGUGAAGUGCAACAGCCUGUUCUACGGUUAAAAAAGUCUAAUCGUGUUGUUUUGACACGAUUCUUUGAACUGCUUGUUUCCACUCGUUGUAUGACUCUUUAGCUGCCUCCUCCCCAGGCUGCAAAAGGAAAUAACCUGUUAUUUUUCUCCUUCUCUUCUUCUGCUUUGCUGAUGUCUGACAGAUGUGUGUUGUCCAAAACAAUGCUAGAUACUUGAAAUGCUGGCUGGGCAGUUUUUGUGCCUCUGAACUAGAAUGAUUUGAGUUUCCUCUGCUUCAUUGUUUGCACAUACACCUUAUGUCAACGAACAUGCUGGUUCACAAACACACGCACACACACAUGCACAUAUGCACUCAGACAUAUACACGAAAACACACACAAGCAAAUACACUCUUGGCGAUGUUUAGAAGAGCCUCUCCUUGUUGCAGGGCAAUGCAAAUAUUUUCCAAUAGACUUGCUAUGAAAUAUUUCUUACUUAAACUAUGCUACUUAGUAAUCCUUAU